UAUCCUCAUCGUCGUAUUCCACUACCUCUUUGUUCCCGUCUCUCCCUAAAAAAUUCACCUUUUUCAUCUACCCCUGAAUCUCAAAAUUUCCGGCCAAAUUCACAUAUUCCGUCUAAAUUUUCCGGCGAAAUCUCUAUUUCAGGUCAUCACCACACUUCUCUCUCCCUUUUAACCCCACCCCACCUUUUCUCUCUCUAAAAUCGACCACCCCAAAACUAAGAUUUACGGGGAAAGGAAAAAAAAAAAAAUGCAACAAGGUGGGUCUCAGUUCGAGCUCAGGCCUCCUGAUUUUUCCGGCCACAUGAUGGCGAUUUCCGGCGGUGGGGUGGCCGGAAGUAUGACGGGGAAUAUAGAGCAGGCUUUGAAGCAAAAGGCGGGGGAAUCGAUGGCGGAAAUUGCGUCGCCUGUGAAUAUACGGGAGAAAGGGAGAAGUGGGAGCGGGCUGGAGGAGCUGGUGGGUCAGGUUUCAGGGGGGUAUGGAGAAGAAGAAGGGUUUGGAGUUGAAGAGAGAGAGAGCGGAGGUGUUGGUGGGAAUCGGUGGCCGAGACAAGAGACGCUGGCUCUCUUGAAAAUAAGGUCGGAUAUGGAUGCGGCUUUUAGAGAUGCGACGCUCAAAGGGCCGCUUUGGGAAGAUGUGUCCAGGAAGCUUGCAGAGCUUGGCUACAAUCGAAGCGCAAAGAAAUGCAAAGAGAAGUUCGAAAACGUCCAUAAAUAUUACAAGAGAACGAAAGAUGGAAGAGCAGGAAGACAAGAUGGCAAGACUUACAGGUUCUUUACCCAAUUAGAAGCUCUCAACAGUAACAAUAACAAUCCUAUUCCUAGCACAAAUGCGAAUAUCAAUAUCAACACCACCACCAGCAACAAUACCGUUGUGGCGACAGCCGGAAUUUUGGCUGGAAAUCAAAUUAAGGCCACCCAAAGUACUUUCUCCACCGAUUUUCCAGUCAACCAAACUGCUGGUAUAAGCUUCUCUUCAGGCUCGUCAUCCGAUUCUGGCCAAAAAAACUCAAAUUCUGGCGAAACCCACAAGCGAAAAUGCGGGAAGAUAAUGGCGUUUUUUGAGAACCUCAUGAAGCAGGUGAUAGAGAAGCAAGAGGAAUUGCAACAAAAGUUUUUGGAUACUAUAGAGAAGAGAGAGGAAGAGAGGGCCAUGAGAGAGGAAGCUUGGAAGAGGCAAGAGAUGGCUAGGGUUAGUAGAGAGCAAGAAAUGUUAGCUCAUGAGAGGGCUUUAUCAGCUUCGAAAGACGCAGCCGUUAUCGCAUUUUUGCAGAAGUUCUCCGGCCAAAAUGUACAGAUUCCGACUAGUUUUCCGGCAAGUGUUCCCGCGGCAAAUCCCGGUACGCAGGAAACCCAGGCAAAUGAGAUCGAGUACAAUCAUGAUGGUGGUGUUCUAGCGAGAGAAAGAGAGGUGGUGUGCUUUGAAGUUGCUAGCUCGAGGUGGCCAAAGGCUGAGGUGCAUGCUCUCAUCAAGUUGAGGAGUGGGCUCGAGUUCAGGUACAGAGAGACAGGGCCGAAGGGACCACUGUGGGAGGAGGUAUCGGCUGGAAUGGCUCGGCUGGGUUACAGUCGAAGCGCAAAGAGGUGCAAAGAGAAGUGGGAGAAUAUAAAUAAGUAUUUUAAGAAGGUGAAAGAGAGCGAUAAGAAGAGGCCUCAAGAUGCUAAGACGUGCCCGUAUUUCAAUCAAUUGGAAGAACUUUAUAAGAAGAGGUUUAAGCAUUCGAUUGACAGCAAUAAGAAGAAUGAAGGUGAGGAGGAGAGACCAAUGGCGAUAUUGCCGCCGGUUGAACAGAUGCCGGAUUCCGGUGGUGGGGCGGUCCGGUUGUUUCAGGGACAUGAGGAGGCCAAGAAGCCAGAAGAUCUGAUGAGGGGGAUCAUGAACUCCCAACAAAAACAACAACAACAAGAACAACAAGAAUCAGUGAUGGACGACUACGAUGCUGAAAAUCUAAAUGCAACCCAUGAAGAUGAAGAUGACGAGGACGACAACGACGGCGAAGAAGAUGCAAAUGAUAAGAAUGGUGGUGACAAUACAAAGCUCUCUUACGUUUCAAGCUCCCGUGAAGCCUCAUUCAUGGCCAUGGUUCAGUGAACUGCAACAAACAAAUUUCAAUAUUCCAGGAGAGAGAGAGAGAGGGGGGCAAUAAUAUCGUUGUGGCCCCUCCCUCUCAAUCCAAAGCCGGUAUUCUUUCCCAGAAUCUGACACAAUUGGAAGACAUGGGGUUCAGCAAAACCAUUACAUGGAGAUAAGGUAUGGCAGAGGAGCUCAUGGCUACUUACAGUUGCGUACAUAAGCUCAGAUCCUUCACUUCCAUUCAAUCCAUCUCUCUCUCUCUCUCUCUCUCUCUCUCUCUCUGUAAGUUUCAGUGCACAGCUCCCUCUUUCUCUCUCUUGCUCCACCUUUCGGUGCAAAACCUCACUCGUGCUCUUGGGUACAUAAAUUCCCUCUCUCUCCCCCCACCCCCCACCCCCACUUUCAACUUCUCUCUCUCCCUUCUCUAGACCAUUAGUACAUAAGCUCUCUUUUCUCUCACUCUCUCUCCUCUUCUGAAUAAUAUCAUCAACUCCUCACAGGCUAAAUAACAAGAGAGAGAGAGAGAGAGGAAACCCUAAUCAAAGGCAGUUCAAUGUGGAAAAUAAGAGAGAAGAGAGAGAGAGAGAUGGGCAUAGUUAUGUUACAUAAGAAUCUUUGGCCAUUAAAGAUUGUUUUUGUUGCAAUUGUUGGGGGCCAUCUGACAAAUGGAGCCAGACAGUGGGUGUGUGUACAGGCUGUGGGGGGGUCAGGAAUCCACUGUACUUUGCUCCCUCCCUUUGUAAAAUCUUAAAGAACCCUUUGAGAUUUAGGGGUAAAGGACACUUCAAAUCUUAUUUAUAUACAGUUAGGAGUGAGAUAAAGUAAUAGUAUAUUUGUGUUGGUUUCUUGUGAAUUUGAGGCACUAACCUUAAAAGAAGCUAAGUUGGUGUUUUAUUAGGGUGGCAAUUAAUCUUGAGAUAAAACUAUUCAAACU